GCGGGCCGUUCCCGCGGGCUGCGGGGCCGGGGCGGGGAGAGCGCGCAUCCCCGUCCCGCGCCGUCCUCCUACAGGUGCGGCGGAGGGCGAGGCGGCGCGCGGCGCGAUGGACCGUGCCCCGCGGGCUGCGGCGUGCGGCGUGGCCGGGAGACCGGGCUCGUGAGGCGGGCCUGGUGCUGACGCGCACCCCCGCCGGCCCGGGGCGGCUCGGUCCCGGCGGGCUCGCUUCUCCGCGCGCGGAGGAUGUGGGGAGUCGUGUCCCGAGGCGCCGUGUGCGGGGGAGGCGGCCGUCGGGACAGCACGGUGCUCGGUGCGGAGCCGGAGCCACGCGUCCGGAGCUGAGCGGGAGAGGCCGUGGGACCAGGGCGCCAUGGACGGGCCUGCGGGCCGCAGAGGGAAGCCCCCGGCCCCGGAGGAGGCGGGCGCCGGCCAGAUCGGGGAGAAGGCCCCCGCGGCGGCGGAGCCGCAGCCCAGCAGGGCGCCCGCGGGCCGUAGGCGCCGCGCGCAGCCGCCCCUGAGCCCCGAGGACGAGGAGCUGCUGUUCGCCGCCUUCGACGCGUCCUUCCAGGAUGACUUUCAGGGCGUCCCCGUGUUCGUGCCGUUCCAGAGGAAGAAGCCCUACGAGUGCGGCGAGUGCGGGCGCGUCUUCAAGCACAAGACGGACCACGCGCGCCACCAGCGCGUGCACACCGGCGAGAAGCCGUUCCCGUGCGGCCAGUGCGGCAAGCGCUUCCGGCACAGCUCGGACGUCACCAAGCACCAGCGCGUGCACACCGGCGAGAAGCCGUUCCCGUGCGGCCAGUGCGGCCGCGCCUUCAACUGCGGCUCCAACCUCCUGAAACACCAGAAGACGCACACCGGGGAGCGGCCCUACGCGUGCGAGGAGUGCGGCCGGACCUUCGCCUACAGCUCCUGCCUCAUCCGCCACCGCAAACGCCACCCGCACCUCCGCAAGAAGCACUGAGCCGGCUCACCGCCAGGGGGCGCCCUCCGCGCCGUGCCAUGUCGCCGGAGGCUCGGCCCAGCUGCUGCCGCCCGGGACCGCGUGGGGUGCCCAGGAACACCCAGCCCUUCCACCUCCCUUCGAAGGCCCGGCCCCCGGAC